AUGUAUUGGAGCGGAAUGUUCCACGUCAGAGUUUUGAAAAGAGUUAUAAUGGCUAAGCAAUGGGGUCAAAAAGCAGAAGAAUUGGAAAUAUCAAACAAAGUAGCAGGGUUGGGUUUGCACAAGAAACCUAUUGAAAGUACUGAUGAUGACACCGCUGACGCUGCAAAUCCUGCAGAAGCUUCAUUACUUAUGAAAAUAAUUAGACAAGGUUUGGUUGAGUCUAAAUUAGACAUAGAAAUUCAAAGGAAAGAUCCCAAUUCACCACUUUAUUCUGUAAAAACAUUCGAAGCAUUGCAUUUAAAACCAAAUCUACUUAAAGGAGUGUAUGACAUGGGCUUUAAUGCUCCUUCUAAAAUACAAGAAACUGCUCUCCCAACACUUUUAGCAGACCCUCCACAAAACAUGAUUGCACAGUCUCAAUCAGGUACAGGUAAAACUGCUGCUUUUGUACUAGCAAUGCUAAGCAGAGUAGAUCCCUCUAAAAACUAUCCACAAGUACUUUGCCUCAGUCCAACUUAUGAAUUAGCAAUACAAACUGGUGAGGUUGCCGCAAGAAUGGCUAAAUUCUGCCCUGAAAUCAAACUUAAAUAUGCUGUUAGAGGUGAAGAACUUCCAAAAGGCACAAAAAUAACAGAUCAUAUACUUAUAGGAACACCAGGAAAGAUGUUAGACUGGGGAGUAAAGUUUGUUAUGUUUGAUUUAACAAAAAUAAAGGUUUUUGUAUUGGAUGAAGCUGACAUCAUGAUAGACAGACAAGGCCAUCAGGAUCAGUGUGUUAAAAUUCACAAACGUCUUCCUACAACAUGUCAAAUGAUGUUCUUUUCUGCUACCUAUACCAGUGCUGUGAUGGAAUUUGCUGAAAUUAUUGUACCCAACCCCAUAAUUAUUCGCCUCCUACGUGAAGAAGAAUCUUUAGAUAACAUUAAACAAUAUUAUGUAAAAUGUAAGAGUCAUGAGGAUAAAUACAGAGCUAUUUGCAAUAUUUAUGGUGUUAUAACUAUUGGACAGGCUAUAAUUUUUUGUCAUACAAGAAAAACUGCUAGCUGGCUCUCUGAAAAAAUGUCAAGAGAUGGCCACUCUGUUGCGGUUUUAUCUGGAGAAUUGACAGUUGAGCAAAGAAUUGCUGUGCUUGACAGAUUUAGAGGAGGUCUAGAAAAGGUGUUGAUCACUACAAAUGUACUUUCCCGUGGCAUUGAUAUAGAACAAGUGACUCUUGUUGUGAACUUUGAUAUGCCUAUGGAUCUUGAUAGAAAAGCCGACUGUGAAUCCUAUUUGCAUAGGAUAGGCCGCACUGGAAGAUUUGGUAAAGCAGGGAUAGCCAUAAACCUAAUUGAUUCACAGCAAGCAAUGGAAAUUUGUUUAGAGAUUGAAGCACAUUUUGGAAAGAAAAUCAAACUGCUAGAUAUUGAAGAUGCAGAAGAAAUUGAGAAAAUUGGUGCAUGA